CUGGUAGGUGUGUGCUUGGUGACAUCAGCUGGCGAGCAGCCUGGCAGCAGCGCGGCGCAGGCAGGGAGCAGGCAGGGAGCCGAGGGUGUGUGCCUCUAAGCUGGGUAUUCUGGCAAGGUGGAGAGCUGGUCUGUUUGGCAGGACCUUCCCAUCUGGGAUCCAUCUGUGUUUCCCUGGAAUCGGACAGGCGGCUCCAGGCAGUGAGAAAUCGCAGAUGUGCGGGACCUGACACAUGUCCAGCUAAUGAAAGGAGAAGGCAGGCUGGGCUCCGGCUGCGCUCGAAGAUCACGAGCAGAGGAGCAGGAAGAGCGCUUUUAUUUAUAUUUCAAAGAAACUAGGUAUAUUCAACAGCAGCUGGAUCGUUGCAACCUUGCUCUUUAGGUUGCUGGUGAGAAGAGGGUGCCAGUGAUGCCUGGAUCGCCCGUGGAAGUGAAGAUACAGUCCAGGUCCUCUCCUCCCAACAUGCCGCCGCUGCCCCCUGUGAACUCCGGUGGCCCCCGGCCGGUGUCCUUCACCCCAACUGCACUGCCCAACGGAAUAAACCAUUCCCCCCCGACGCUAAACGGGGCACCAUCCCCACCCCAGAGGUUUAGCAACGGUCCUUCCUCCUCCUCCUCCUCCUCGCUGACAAACCAGCAGCUCCCAGCCACGUGCGGCGCCCGGCAGCUCAGCAAGCUGAAGCGUUUCCUCACUACCCUGCAGCAGUUUGGCAACGACAUCUCACCAGAGAUCGGGGAGAAGGUCCGGACCCUCGUCCUGGCGCUGGUGAACUCAACAGUGACAAUCGAGGAAUUUCACUGCAAGCUGCAAGAGGCGACGAAUUUCCCCCUACGGCCGUUUGUGAUCCCCUUUCUGAAGGCCAACCUCCCGCUGCUGCAGAGAGAGCUGCUGCACUGUGCCCGGGCUGCCAAGCAGACGCCCUCCCAGUACCUGGCGCAACACGAACACAUCCUGCUCAACACAAACACCACGUCCCCCGCUGACUCCUCCGAGCUGCUGAUCGAGGUGAACGGGAAUGGGAAGAGGCACAGUCCGGACAGAAGGGAAGACAACAGCUUUGAGAGGGAGCCGCUGCCGACGGAGCCUCCAGCCAAGAGGGUGUGCACCAUCAGCCCCGCGCCCCGGCACAGCCCUGCCCUGACAAUCCCCCUGAUGAACCCCGGGGGGCAGUUCCACCCCACCCCGCCACCCCUCCAGCACUACACCUUGGAAGAUAUCGCGACCUCCCACCUCUACAGGGACCCCAGCAAGAUGUUGGAGCACAGAGAGAUUCGGGACAGGCACGGCAGUCUUGGUUUGAAUGGAGGAUACCAGGACGAGCUGGUGGACCACCGCUUAACGGAGAGAGAGUGGGCUGACGAGUGGAAGCAUCUCGAUCACGCACUGAACUGCAUCAUGGAGAUGGUGGAGAAAACCCGGCGCUCGAUGGCCGUGCUGCGGCGCUGUCAGGAGGCCGAUCGGGAAGAGCUCAACUACUGGAAGAGGCGAUGCAGCGAGACGGCCGAGCCGCGGAAGGCGGGCAGCGAGCUCAUCUCCAGGCAGCACAGCCCCAGCAGCUCCGACUCCAUCGGCAGCGAUUCGUUGCGGGAGUUCAGCAGCAGGUCGGGAACGGGCUACGUCACUGAAGAGAUAUGGAAAAAAGCUGAAGAAGCCGUGAACGAGGUGAAGCGCCAGGCCAUGUCGGAGGUGCAGAAAGCGGUGGCGGAGGCCGAGCAGAAGGCGUUUGAGAUGAUUGCCUCUGAGAGGGCUCGGAUGGAACAGACCAUUGCGGACGCCAAGCGCCAGGCCACUGAGGAUGCUUUCUUAGUGAUAAAUGAACAGGAGGAGUCUACGGAGAGUUGCUGGAACUGCGGUCGCAAAGCCAGCGAGACGUGCAGCGGCUGCAACAUCGCCCGGUACUGCGGCUCCUUCUGCCAGCACAAGGACUGGGAGAGGCACCACCGAAUCUGCGGCCAAGGCCUGCACGGCCAGAGCAAGCCGCUGGCUCUGCCCAUGGGCCGAUCGGCAGCCGCUGCCAAGAGCCUCGACGGCGUGCCCAGCCCGGCCCUCGACAAGACUUCGGCGACCACCUCCCGGUCCUCCACCCCGGCAUCCGUGACAGCAAUAGAUACGAACGGACUCUAAAGGGGAAGUUUUGGUUCGGUCCAUUUGAUUAGUUUCUCUGGGUUGUUUUUUUUUAAGCCGAAAAAAAUCCCACAGCGACUUGUAUCACUUGGCACAUUUGACACAUCGCGCCACCUCCUCAGAGCGCUCACACUCGGGCUUUGCCAUCUCAUUCUGCCUUUUUUCUUUUGUGGCUCGUGAAGAACUGAGGCCGGCCUUGCCCGCGGCGCCUGCCCGCCCAUCGCUCUGCAGGGGGUACCGGAGCAGCGUUCGGGACCUGGAGCGGGCCAGGCACUCGCUCGGGGGGACCUGGACUCAGUGAAGAGCACUGCCGGCGCACGCGGGAGAUGCUGAGCCCCGUCCUCACGGGUUAGAUGUGCUCAAGCUCCUUUCCUGAGGUGUCUGAGCCACCUCCUCCUUCAGCUACCUUUCUGCCACAAUAUGCAUCUACUUUUUUUUCCUUGCUCCCAGACCGCAGUGUCUCAGGUGGCUGUGCUGGCCGCUUGUUGCUGUGAACAGACCGGAGCCGAUUUCCCAGCAGGAACAUCUCGUCCUCUAGUGCAAUGGCAAGAGCCGAGCCCUCUUCUCUUCUCCUGCCUGCGGGUUGGCAGCUGAGGAUUGCAGAGAGGGAGGAGAGGAUUCCUCUGCUUUAAACCAAAUGUCGGUACCGGGGGAGUACGGCUGUUCACUUCUGGAUGGCCUGGCUUCGAUCCCGGUCUGCGACGGGACAGACGGUUGCAUGUUACCCUGGGCGGGACCUUUGCUGGGGGAAAGCGCAGAGCGAAGCUGGGUUGGGUGCGGGCGGUUGUUGCCCUUCCCACCUGGGUACCGUUAUUUUGCUAUGCAGAAAGUGGGUUUUUUUGACUGCAUGGAAGUUGUUGAUUUGAGAGUUACUGCCGGUGUUUUUAACCACACAGAUCCUCACGCGAUUGCGAUGGGUUAUUUAUAGUCUGCUCUCUCCACGUGCAUUGGCCAAACUAUGAAAAUAAAUGCAGGACACGGUGUGUGUCCCCCAGCCCCCGGGGUUCCUGCAGUGCUGCUCGGCUGCCAGCUGCACUCCUCUCCUCGGAGCUCCCCAGGGAUGCGCAGCCGCCGCCACCUCCUCCAGCCUUCGGAGACCGUCCCAAAAAUGCCAGCUCAGAGAGCGAGGCCCUGCGGGGAGGCCGUGGUCAGCCUGGGGAGAUCCAUCGCUCAGAGCGUCCCUGCUGCGGCGUGGAAGGAAGGACUUGGGGCAGUCCAAACCCUGCGAUCGGCACUGACCCAGAGAAGGGCUGUUUCAGGGAGCAGCGGGGCUCAGCUCGGAUGCUUUGUGGAGGUCAGCAGAGGCGCAGCCCUGGGGCGGGAUGGGCACGUGCCCUCUGGGAGCCGCACCGAUUUCCCAGGUCGCGCACAAACAGGCUCCAGAAAACCAUCGAUUCAGCAAAGCCACGUUUGCGUGACCGGUUUUGUAGGACUGCUGAGCCGGAGCCCAAUGAGGCGAGUAAUUCCCAAAUUAUUUUUGAUCACUUUUUCAGUUGGAGGCGAAUAAUAGAGAUCUAAUGAAUCGUCAGUGAGUUUGCAGCAGUGGGGCUGGCUGCUGGCUGCCCAGGGAUAAACGAGCGAGCCACUGAACCAGCUUUGUCCCUUAGGGAAAGCUGUUUUGGAAGCUGCUGUCGUGGGAUAGAGCGGGUGAUUCCUGUGUCUGCCAGCUUUUACUAGGCAAAAACCAGCCACAAAGUCACCUGGUGUUCAAGACGGCUCUUGAGUGGCAGCUAGGAUGGUCUCCUGUGUCCCCCAGGAGGCAGCGCUGGGGCUCCCGGCUGCGGCCGAGCCCUUUGCAUGGACACGGCUCCUGGGAGCCGAGCAGGAUGGUGCUGAGCCGCUGGAGCCCUGGGUCGGGCUGGCACUCGGCUCUCCCUGACCUGCAGCAGUGGUGAGGCCGCAGCGACCCGUGGAAGGUGUCACCCAGCCCGCAGGUUUUACCCCAGGAGGGGCAGUGGGCUCAGCCCCAAACCGCAGCGGCCCCCGUGCUGCCUCGCGUGCUGCGCCCGUCCCAACGGCCCCGGGAAGCGGCUCUGCCCGUGCUGCUGCAGCAAAGCUUAAAACCUGCUGCGUCGGGCGGGGAGGAGCAGCAAAGGCUUUGGGCUUGUGGGAGCACCGGGGCUGCCCGUGCACCCCCAGUUCUCUUCUGGGAGGUGGGGGGGGGCUGAGGGGCUCUCCUGCCGUAAGGGGACACGCGCGGAUUCGGAGCUGCCUCAGGUAAAUAAAGUCCGGUCGCGACAUCCCAGUGCUCAGGGCAGUCCUGACCGUACGCUGUGGGUCAGCGCUGGGCAGCUGCCGUGAGGUCAGAUGCAGAACGAAGAGCAGGGCAGGGCUGGAAGAAAAAUGCUUGUAAAUAGAUUGUCUUCCAUAAUUCUCAUGCAACUUUGAUGGCCGUGUACUAAAAUUAACUCCAGUGUAAAUGAAUGAAAUACUAACAGUCAUGAUUAGAACGAUUGCUUCUUUUUCUUUUUUAACAUGGAAUGAUAAAUGUGAAAUUCAGACAUGGGAUGACAUUGGGUUGAGGUUUCUAUUUUUUUUGACAUUUAAUUCUGUAAUAGAAAUUUGUUACUUCAUUCCUGUGCAUAACUUAUUUAAUGUCCUGUAUAAAGGAACCCGAACUGUUA